CUUGUGAAUGGGUCAAGAAGACAAAAACAAAACAAAGCUAUCCGGUCUCUCGGUUUUAAACGGGUUGCCCCAUGUCCCUCCGUUCAGUCUGGACUGUCAGAUAACGGACCUGUCACGCGCCGACAGAUCAAGAACUCUCACAUUUGAGCUCGACCUGUUGCUGGUAGAGUCAUGACCCUGAGACCAGCCAAUGGCUGCAGACAGCUGACCUUGACCAUUGGCCUGACCCUGACUCUAGGCCUGCUGCAGUGGCCAAUAGGAGAUGUCAGUGGUCAGGAUGGACCGUCUCCUGCGCAGGUCCUUCAGGAGCUGCUGACACGCUAUGGCGACAACACCAGCAUCUCCGUCCCUCAGCUCCGAGCGCUCCUCAUGCGCUUAAACGGAGGUCAGAGUGGAGACCACGAUGCACAAACACAGCCCGCCAAAACCAAUGCAUCUCAGUGCUUGGCUGCAGACACUCUGGCAGCGUAUGGGAUGAGCGAACAGUCCCGUAUAGAUGAACGAGGCCUGCAGGAAAUCUGCCCUACCAUGAUACAGCAGCUGGACUCACAAGCGUGCAAGACCCAACAGGACCAAGAGUCAGAGACCAGCCCCAGACCCACUGACGCUGAGGUGUGGGGGUAUGGUUUCCUGUGUGUGACAGUGAUAUCUCUGUGUUCACUGGUCGGGGCGAGUGUGGUUCCCUUCAUGAGGAAAACCUUUUACAAGCGGUUGCUGCUGUACUUCAUAGCCCUGGCCAUUGGUACUCUGUACUCCAACGCACUCUUUCAGCUAAUCCCAGAGGCCUUCGGAUUCAACCCCAUGGAGGAUUAUUAUGUGCCCAAGUCUGCUGUCGUGUUUGGAGGAUUCUACCUGUUCUUCUUUACAGAGAAAAUCCUGAAGAUGAUCUUAAAGCCAAAGGACAGGGGAGGGCAUGGCCACGGCCACAGUCACUUUCCUGUGGAGCGCUAUGCCAGCUCUAAUGGAGAUUUGGAGGAUGGUGUGAUGGAGAAACUGCAGAAUGGAGAGGCUGGAGGAGCAUCUUUACCCAGAGCCGAAGGAGAUGUCAGAGGACUCGGAGAAGACGACAAAAUGCUCAGCACUGGCCAGACAGUACAGGACUCUCAGAGUUCGGGUGGAUGUUAUUGGCUGAAGGGCAGGGCGUACUCUGACAUCGGCACUCUGGCGUGGAUGAUCACUCUGAGCGACGGUCUGCAUAAUUUCAUCGAUGGUUUGGCUAUCGGAGCCUCCUUCACUGCUUCUGUGUUUCAGGGCAUCAGUACGUCGGUGGCAAUUCUGUGUGAGGAGUUUCCACACGAGUUGGGUGAUUUUGUAAUCCUGCUAAACGCUGGCAUGAGCAUCCAGCAGGCGCUCUUCUUUAACUUCCUGUCAGCGUGCUGCUGUUAUCUGGGCAUGGGCUUCGGCAUCCUGGCUGGGAACAACUUCUCUCCUAACUGGAUCUUUGCUCUGGCCGGAGGCAUGUUCCUCUACAUUGCACUGGCUGAUAUGUUUCCGGCGAUGAAUGAGGCGAGUCGUGAGGAAGAGGAGGCCGGAGGAAGUGGCUCUCUGUUAACUUUUGCCAUCCAGAACGCAGGGCUGCUCACAGGGUUUGCCAUCAUGCUUGUCCUGACCAUCUACUCUGGACAGAUACAGCUUGGAUAGCAGAGGACCUAAAUACAAACUCAGACACUAAAGGACUAUCUCAGCACCUGGACUUCAAUAUGAGCCAGCUGUGCUUGUUUUAAAACUUGUGCCCAGCUGGACUAGGUCAUGACAUACAUUGAAAUGUUUGGGCUCCAAGUAAACUCUGGACUGUUAAAAUGAGGCUAGAAUUGACUGACCUGUGAACUUUGCUUUAGAUUCAUCCAAAACCCAGGACCUAUUGAUGGAUGUGCUGCCAUUCGUCUAGUUUAGGCCUUCUCACGUUCUUUUGCCUCAAAAGCUUUAGGACACAGUGAUGUCCCUAUAUACAUAUACAUCAGGGCAUUUUUGCAUUGAUUUUUAAUGUUCUCAUUAUUUAAUUUUCAACAAAAUGACUCUUUCCCUCAGAGACGGGCCUGACUAUGAGCUUUAGACUGGAUGGGAUGAAACUUGACUGACAUUUACAUUUUUAAAUGUAGGUUUUCCCUGUGCUUCAUACCAAAUGUUUGUUUAUUCAAAAGAAAAAUUCUAAUACCAGUUGCCUAGAGACAAGAUAUAGAUAUAGACUAGUUAGUUAGCCCUCAUAAUUCUAGUAAACUGAACAUUAUGUAGGUCACUUUAAUCAAAGGUAAGUAGAUUUUAGUUUGGAUACAAAGCAGUGUCUGUUCACUAAUAUAUCCCUGUUUGAUUUUCCCCCUCAAUGCCAUUCCAUAAUAGCAAGCGAAAACAGUAGAUGCUUGAAACUUUAAGGCACUCAUUCUUUUGUUAUUGAUGGUUUUUAUUUGAUGUCUUUAACGAAAAAGCAGAGACCAAGGUUCUUCCAGAAAAUUUUCCUUUAACUUUUAUCUUUCCGUUAAUGUGACCAGAAUAAGUGGCGCAUGCUUUUAAAAAUACCCAUUUUUUUUUUUUUUUUUUACUUUGUAUAACCUUGCGUAUUAAUUGACAGAGAAAAAUCAUCACCCAGUUAUCAUUGCCUUUAAUUAUGAUAAUUACUCUUAUAAAACACCUAUUUUCCACAUCCUUUCGUUUGAUCUGAAUGCAGCACUCUUCAUAAUUAAAGAAAUAAUUAGGAAACGCAGGCAAAAUGUGUGUAAAUGUUGUGUUGCAGUGAUUCUACAAUAAUAUGAUCAUUCCUUAUAACCUUUCCUUUACAUAUUGCACUACAGCACAAUUCUUAGAGCUCGUUGCUAAUUAAGCAUCUAGACUGACAAAUCAUUUUGAAUAUUGGUGGAUUUGAAGCUGAACUGUGUAAUUUAACUGUUUAGUAGAUUAGAUUUCCUAAUCACUACCAUUGUUUUAAAAUUGUAUUUCAGUAUUAAAUAUUGCUUUCAAAUUCAGUGUUUAAACGUUUAGGAAAAAACAUCAACCUACAGAUGACUUGCUUAUAACAUUAUAUCUGCAUAUUAAGAUUGGAUAGAAUUUUUUUGACACUUCACCUUUUAAACAUUUAAACAAUUCCUAAUUCUAAAGUCAGGAAUAUUAUUAUAUGAUCUAUGAUACGGAUGUUAAAUUUCUAUGCAGCAGCAUAUAAUGUCAGUGGAUAGAACAAGCUAUGAGAUUAUUCAGAAAUUGAUCAGCCUUUGCUCACUGUAGAUCCCUGGGUGUCAAUUUUGUCUUCCACAUAAAAUCAACUUUCCAUUAUGCUUCCAUUGCUUAACAUUCAUGCUAGUAAUAUAUUCGUAUCAGCUAUUGCACAACAUCAGUUGAACCUGACACCACAGUAUGCUGUUGAGCAAAUAAUUACACUGUUCAUCACAUGAAAGCUCAUUUUAGCUCUGUAUGAACUGAACGUGGUGCGUUCUUGUGCGUAUAGUCAACAGAUCUGAUUGUAACUUUAUUUCAGGGCCGUAUUUGCAUUUUUUGUUCAUUUAGACUAUCAGCGUUAUUUUUUAUAUAUAUAUAUAUAUAAUGCCCCUUUGUUUAAGUGUAUGUAGUUGCAUGCAGCUUUGUGUGCAGCCAUUGUUUCAGCUGGCGUCUUAUUGCUAUGCACCGACACGUCCUCUGAAGUGAGUUUAUGCCUUAAAGAGAGUCUAAACACCAUUAUUCAGUGGUGAAAAGUUUUACGUUUUUGUACCUCAUUUUAAAUUUUAGUAAUAUU